UUUUGCAAGUUGAGUGGAACAUUUUACAUUUGGACAUAAAACCCUAAUUCAAAGUCCAGGCCACCAAGCUCCUCACCUCCCCAUUUAAAACCCCAAAACCCCAAAAUAGUUCAAAGCCCCUCCAAACAAGUUUCUGAAUUUAACCAUGGAAGCUCAGAACAUUGAUGCUCAUGGCGGCCAAAACCUGAACUUCACAGCCAGCCAACCCUCGAAGAUCAGGUUCGUGUAUGACGACGAUGAAGCGGAAACCAUAGAAGAAGCUGCCACCGGGAGCUCGAAUCUCGAGGAGGAUUCCGCCAUGGGCGAGCCCGAGGAUUCGUUGAUUGCUUCGAAUGAUAAGACGAGCGCAGAUUAUUACUUCGAUUCUUAUUCACAUUUCGGUAUCCAUGAAGAAAUGCUAAAGGAUGUAGUCAGAACUAAGACAUACCAAAAUGUCAUUUAUAAGAACUCCUUUCUUAUCAAGGAUAAAAUAGUUCUUGAUGUGGGUGCUGGAACGGGUAUCCUCUCACUUUUUUGUGCAAAAGUUGGGGCUAAGCAUGUCUACGCGGUGGAAUGCUCCAGCAUGGCUGAUACAGCUCAGGAAAUUGUCAGUCAAAAUGGAUUCUCCAAUGUUAUAACAGUACUGAAAGGAAAGAUUGAAGAGAUUGAACUUCCAGUUACUCAAGUUGAUGUCAUUAUUUCUGAAUGGAUGGGAUAUUUCCUAAUCUAUGAGAACAUGUUAGACACUGUUCUCUACGCUCGUAACAAGUGGCUAGUCCAAGAUGGUCUCAUAUUGCCGGAUAAAGCCUCUCUUUAUUUGACAGCCAUUGAAGACGCUGAAUACAAGGAAGACAAGAUUGAAUUUUGGAAUAAUGUAUACGGGUUUGACAUGAGCUGUAUUGGGAAGAAAGCCAUAAUGGAACCUCUUGUUGACAUUGUAGACGAAAAGCAGAUAGUCACCAAUUGCCAAUUACUCAAGACAAUGGACAUCUCCAAGAUGGAAGCAGUUGAUGCUUCCUUCACUGCACCUUUUAAGCUUGUGGCGAAAUGUGACGAUUACAUUCAUGCCCUUGUUGCUUAUUUUGAUGUAUCUUUUACGAAGUGCCAUAAAUUGCUGGGUUUCUCAACUGGACCAAAAUCGCGUGCAACUCACUGGAAACAAACGGUUCUUUACCUUGAAGAUGUGCUUUCCAUCUGCGAAGGGGAAGCAUUGACAGGGACCAUGACUGUAUCAUAUAAUAAGAAGAACCAUCGUGAUGUGGAUAUUACUUUGAAGUAUUCUCUAAAUGGGAAACAUUGCAGGGCCUCGAGAACUCAGCAUUACAGAAUGCGCUGAUUUUUGUUUAUGCCUCGGUUAUGGUGUUUGUUAUGUUAAGUGAGUAUCCCAAACAGGAUCAAUCUACACUGCAUGUGACAUUUUGGUAUAAUCGGCAAGCAACAAAGUUGCUCCAAUGCUUUUCACUUGAUGAUGUAUCUUAGCACUCAAUUAUAUUUGUUUGGAUUAAUGUUUCUCAAAUUUUGGUUGAUUAAAUCUGAAUUCUUUGAAUGUUUGCUAUCAAUGAAAUUUAAUUUUGUUCCCUUGC